AUGCCCGCAUUCUACUCCAGCAUUAUCAUUUGGGGCCUAGGCCUUGCAUCUUUGAGCGCGGCCGCUCCACUGGAACAUACUGUUCCAACAUCCAAGGUCUCGACACAGGACAAGCUUCAAAUGAAUCCCGCUUGCGACCUUUUUUAUGAGGUUCAAAUUGGUGACACCUGCUGGGACAUAAUCACCCAAAGCAAGAAUACUUUCACCAUUAAUCAACUUCUUUGCUGGAACCCCAAUAUCAACCAGCACUGCACGAACCUCAUUCCCGGCCGAAAUAUCUGUGUGGGGGUUGCCUACCCUACUACAUGCUAG